AUGAAAGACCUGAGAUAUGCAUAUGAUUACUUGGAUGAGGAGAUGCGUAUACUUCGUUCUGCGGGGAAGCUAGGAGUAGAUGUUGUUGAAGUGUUUGUGGAACACAUACCAAACACCGAACAAGACGAGCGUUCGUGUAGUGAUGAAGAUGAAGAAGUUGACAGACCAAAGGAAGACGAUGAGCCUGAAGAAUCAGAGGAUGAAAAUCCGACUAUUCAAGAUAUUCCGGCUGAGAUUAUGACUGGAAACGAAGCUGCCACUGGUGAGAAUCAGAAUGAAAAUGAUGAUGUGGGUGAUGAGCUUGUUGUUGAUGCAGCAGAUGGUGGUAGCGACAGCAGGUUUAAGUCUAUAUUUGAUGAAGGUAUGAAAGCAAUACCAGAUAAAGAAGCAUACGGAGAAGGCAUAAAUGAGGAAGAAAAGGAUGAUGACAGUGAAGAUGAAAGGGCUCCUGUAGAUGUUGAAUAUCCUGAUACGCCCGUAGAUUCAGAGGAUGAAUGGGAAGGAUGGAAUAGAGAGAGAAGAGGGAAAGGGAAAGUCAAAGAGAAGGACAAAUACCAUGGAGAUUAUGAGAAGCCACCUUACAUAUGGCUAUUUCAGAAGUUCAACAGUGGGUUAGAGUUCAAGGAUCAACUGUUAAAGUAUUCUAUGAAUACACAGUAUGAUGUGAAGAUGGCGAAGUCAGAAUCUUGGAGGAUUGCGGUUGUUUGUUCCAAUGAGAAAUGUAAAUUUCGGGUAUAUUGCUCAGUAGAGAAGCCUAUUAAUAGGUGGAUGGUGAAAGUGUGUCACAUGAAACACAAUCAUGGUAAAUCAAGUCGAAUCUCCAUGUUGAAGCAAGGCGUGAUUGCUGGUUUGUUUAGAGAAGAGUUGCGAAGGAAUGUCAACCUCCCGGCAUCAGCGAUUAAAGAUGCUAUAAAGGAAAGAUAUGAUAUCGUGGUGCCUAUAGGUAAGUGUUAUAGAGGAAGACACAUAGCCUUGGGUACAAUCCUUGAAGCACAGACAACGCAAUUUGGCAAGUUAUGGGAUUAUGAAGCAGAGUUACAUAGAUCAAAUGGUGGUAUAAGCACUGAAUUAUGCACAAGAGAGGCUAACGGUGUUCAGAUGUUUGACUGCUUUUAUAUUUGCUUCAAGGAAUUACGUGAAUCAUGGAAGAGUUGUUGUAGACCUGUAAUAGGUCUUGAUGGAUGCUUCUUAAAGUGGGAUUUAAAUGGAGAUUUGCUUGCAGCAGUUGGUAGAGACGCUGAUAACAGAAUGUUUCCCAUUGCUUGGGCAGUUGUAAGAGGGGAAAACAAAGAAACUUGGGGCUGGUUUGUGAAGAAGCUAAAGAUGGAUCUCGACUUGGGAAAUGUCAAGGAUCUGACCAUCAUUUCGGAUAAACAAAAAGGUCUUGUUCAUGCCAUACAGUUGGAACUCUCUGAUGCAGAACACCGCAUGUGUGCUAGACAUAUUUAUGCGAAUUGGAAGAAGCUUGGGUUUGCGAGAUCAGAGUUUAAAUCUUUGUUUUGGGGAGUUGCUUACAGCUACACUGAAGGAGAGUAUGAAGAGAAGUUGAGUCUAUUAGAGGCAUAUAAUGUUGUAGCACACCAAGAGUUACUCAAGACGGACCCUAAGAGGUGGUGUAGAGCAUAUUUCAGUGUUGAUUCACACUGUCCUGACGUGCAUAAUAACUUAUCUGAGAGCUUCAACAGAACCAUAAAGAUGGCAAGGGCGAAACCCGUGAUAACUAUGUUGGAGGACAUUCGGAGACAAGCUAUGAAGAGGAAUUCAAGGUGGUGGUUUAUGGCAGAUAAGUGGGAUACUAUUGUUACACCAAUCACACUUGCUUUAUUGGAGAAAGCAAGGAUUGCCAAGAAAUAUUGUUCAACACUACGAAGCAGCUCAAGUUUGCAUGAGGUUAAUGAGUGUGAUAAUGGUUACACAGUGAAUUUGGCAACACAUCAGUGUGCUUGCAGGCGAUGGGAUCUUACUGGUAUACCUUGCAAACAUGCUGUCUGUGUGUUUGAUGAUAAUCAAGAAGACCCUGUGAAGUAUACAUCCGAG